GUUUAUAUCUCGACGCACUUGCUAAACAAAGUGAGAAGCCAGUGUGGGGUCUUGGUCCGUUCAAUCCGGUCCAUAUACACAACGAAGAGUACUCUGCUUCACCUAGAAUAUUAAGCCAUAGAUGCAUUGAGUGGCUUGAUAAACAACCCAAGAAUUCAGUCAUCUAUGUUUCACUUGGAACGGCAAGUACCUUCUCACCUGAACAAAUUAUUGAGCUUGCCCUUGGUUUAGAGAGAUCUGAACAAAAGUUCAUAUGGGUUCUAAGAGAAGCAGAUAAAAAAGGGAAAUGUUUUACAACAGACGUUUCGAAAAUUGAGCUGCCAACAGGGUUUGAAGAAAGAGUAGCAGAAAGAGGAAUAAUAGCAAGAGAUUCUGUACCUCAAAUGGAAAUUCUAGCACACCCUUCCACAGGUGGUUACUUAUUCCAUUCGGGUUGGAACUCUUUCUUGGAAAGCCUAACAAUGGGAGUGCCAAUGGCAACUUGGCCAAUCCAUUCCGACAACCCACUCAACGACGUGCUUAUAACAAGGGUGUUAAAAGUUGGCCUAGUAGUGAAGGAUUGGGAACACAAAGAUGAAUUGGUGAAAGCAAAUACAAUUGAAAAUGGAGUGAGGACUUUGAUGACUUCCAUUAAAGGAGAAGAGAUGAGACAGAGAGCGGUAGAGUUGAGCCAAGCUAUCAAGAUGUCUGUGAAAGAUGGUGGCGCCACUAAGAAACAAAUGGAGUCUUUCAUCGCUCACAUUACUGGAUAA